AUGAGUGACACCGGCAACAACCCGGAGAGCAACCCGGGCGGGACCGCGAACUAUGAAGCUCAAGCACUCCAUCCGACCUGCUUCAUCCUGCAGCCACCACCUCUACCCGCUGAAGCCUGUCCCGUCGCUGAUUCAAACGACCCGGACAAUGCUGUCGGCACUGUUGACAAUCCCGCCCAUUUUGCCCAGAAGCAACCACCAACUAGCCCACAACCGCCAAGGCACCCCCCCCCCAGGGUUGAAGUGGUGAUUUCUACCCUCCGCCAUGCUCGCGAUCCGCAAACCCUUGAUGUCCCAGAUGAUCAGGGCUCCAUCCAGCAGGGGCCAACCUCAGUACAUGACCGCAAACGUGAUGGCAGUGCCGCAGAGAAUGAGUGGCUGCUGCAGAACGUGCCCGUGCCUGCAUACAUGACAACGACGCUGAAGACAAGAGUGGCGAAGGAGACGAUACUGGUUUUGGUCCGAACAGAUCGUGAAGAGAGCGGUAGGGAGCCCGGGCGAGUAGGUCAUACUUCACUGCCUCUAGAGGCGAUGACACUGGCUUCUGCUGUUGCACUUGAACUCUACUCGCCCCUUAUGCGCCCUUCAACAAUGGGCACCCUUACUGCCCGCCCCAGAGGGUCUGGAGAAGGGUCUGGCCCGCCACACGCUGUCGCGGGCUGUGAGGAGAGGAUCAGCGAUCAAGAAGCAAACCGGUCCCGAUGGUCUGAGGAGGACGAAAAGCUUCUUCUGUCGUUGAGGCACCAGAACAAGACUUGGGAGGUGAUACAGCAGAGGUUCCUAAACAAAACGCUGUGGUCAUUGUGGCAAAGGUACUCGAUUCUCAAUAGCCGAUCAACACUAAUAAGUAGCUAA